AUGGCUUCUGAAAAUUUUGUCCAGGCCGCUAUUCCCCGCUUCGAUGGUCAUUACGACCAUUGGAGCAUGUUAAUGGAGAACUUCCUUAGGUCCAAAGAGUUUUGGCCAGUUGUCAGUAUUGGCGUGCAAGAGCCAGCAACUGGUACUGCCUCGUCGGAAACACAAAAGGCAGAGUUGGAUAGUCUAAGAUUGAAUGAUCUCAAAGCGAAGAAUUACCUUUUUCAGGCUAUUGAUCGCUCAAUACUGGAAACCAUUCUUGGCAAGGAUAUUUCCAAACAAAUAUGGGAUUCCAUGAAGAAGAAGUAUCAAGGAACAGCGAAGGCAAAACGAGUGAAGCUUCAAGCACUCUGUGGUGAGUUCGAGACUCUACGUAUGCAAGGUGGUGAGUCGGUAAUAGAUUAUUUCUCUAGGACGUUGGCUAUCGCAAACAAAAUGCGAAUUCAUGGUGAAAAACUGGAGGAUGUUACCAUUAUUGAGAAAAUACUUCGCUCAAUGACAACAAAGUUCAAUUAUAUUGUUUGCUCCAUUGAAGAAUCCAAAGAUAUCGAUACUUUUUCUCUUGAUGAGCUGCAGGGUUCUUUGUUGGUUCAUGAACAGAAAAUAAACCAAUAG